AUGACCGCAUCACAUCCCUUCCACGUUCGCCCCCCUCUUCACCACCAAGGGGCAGGGUCACCAGUAGGACACGCCCAGCACCACAACCAUCACCACGUCCACCAUAACCACAACCCUUACAACGCCAGCCAUAACCAACACCACCCCUACCACAACAAUGACGAGGCCCCAUCCCAUCACCAAUACCAAUACCACAAUCCACACGCCCAACCCCACGACGGUAAUAACGGCGACGAUGGAGACCAUUACUACAGCAACCAUAUUCACACGGUCCACGAAUACGACCAACCGACAGAAGAGAGCCCACAACCAAGCGCCCUCUGGCUCCUGAGCCAUCCCUCUGUGAACCGGGAACUCCAACGGAUGGCGAUACGACUGGUCGAACGUCAACGCAGGACGGAUGAUUCGGGCGUCUCGCCGUGUUUGUUUGUCGUCCUUCCCAAGACGAGUCAGGGACUCUUUAGCGCCAGUGCCAGUGCGGGCGCGGGCGCGGGCGCGCGGUCCUACCCUUCUCCAUCUCUUUCUCCCAGGGCGACCAAUGCGGGACGAAGAGACAGGGAUGAGGAAGAAGAUUAUUGGUUGUAUUUUUUAUGCGAUUUUAUGAUGCCUGAGAACACCAGUCCCAUGCUGCAUGUCUGCAGCCCGCCCCUGCCUCCUCCCCCUCAUCCUCACCUGUCGUCGUCUUUUGCCCAAAGAGGAUACCCCAAGCAUGCCGACCCUCACCUCUCACACUUUAUCCCCGCUACUUCUGCCAGGACAAGGACGUACCCAGGAGGGUACCAACUGCGAAACCUGGAUGAGUUUGUUGACAUCCACGCGUUACCGAUGCUCAGUCUGCUCUACCUUGUCGACCAGGCGAAUACACAUGGCGACGAUGCGGAGUGGACGGAUAGGAUCCGGGGUGGGAUCCGGUUCUUGGCCGAGAGGUGUAAAGGGGAUCUGGUGGAUAUCUUUGAAGAAGAUACACAGGUCUCGCCCAGCCCUGAGAGGGAUUCUGAGGGUGGGCAGAGUGGAUUCCAAGAUGAGUGGGAUGGAGAUGAGGAGGGUGGGGAUGAAGGAGAGGGAAGUGAGGAUGAGGAAGAGGAGGAGGAGGAGAAAAAUCAAGGGGACGAGGAGGAAGAUCAAGGGGAUGAGGAGGCGGAGAGUGAGUUGAUGAGAUUGCGGGAGGAUGAUUUCCGGGACCCUUGGAGAGUUGCAGGAAAGUCUUCUACAAACCGCUACAGUAGUAGUAGUUUGGACGGUAUCAACUUUGACAACCUCGACCUCAACCGCCAUUCCCACAACGCCACAUCGAAGCCAGAGCCCUCAGCAUCAGCUGAAGGAACAUCAUCAGGGGGUGUUCUGAUCCUAGGAGCAGACGUGCUGUGCCAAGUAAACCACCCCUUCAUCCCAGGCGGAAUUCUGUGGCUCUGCGAGGCCCACAACGAGAUGCUCUGCAAGGGUAUGGCCGCCGAAAAGCUCCGUCAGUUCAUCAAGUCCAAACAUGGGAACUGUAUCCCCAUGGAGAAGAGUGCCGAGAUCCAGCUCCACAAUCGAGUGGAUGCGAGGGUGUUUUAUCGGAUGCUGGAUGAGUACAAGUGUGUGAUCAAGUUGAAGAUUGGGUUGGAUUGGGUCGGUGGUGCAACAGAGGAGGAUCUUUGGGAGUUGUGUUGGGCCAUACAUUCAUCGACUGUGAGGGAUUUGACUGUUGAUUGCGGUGGUGGAGGUGUGUCGUUUAGGCCGCUGCUGGGGAUGAUGUGUCGGUUGGGGUUUGUGGCGUUGACGGUCGAGAACUAUGAUGGGACGUUCUUGUCGCUGGAUGAGCCCCUCGUCACUCACAGUACCGCCCGUCGCAGGAGCAACAGCGGCAGCAACUACAGCAACAACGAAAGCCCUACUGUCGACGCCCAAUUCUCCUUUGUCGACUUUCGUACAUCCCCAACGAUCAUGCCGCUCCCGGACAAUAUCCAGCUCAAGAAACUGACGUUCCGACAUUGGGCGCGAGUGCCGGAUCGGAGGGCGAUCGUUAACUUGGUCCAGGUGUUGCCUAACCUGACGGAAUUCGAGACGAUGACGGAUUCUGUCGAGAGGAUGUGUGAGGCGAUUUUGGAUGAGUUGCAGGUCCAGGCACAUACUGGGAGCAAGGUCCGGAGCAACGACAGCGAGCACUACCAUCAUCCGUUUUCGCUCUUGAAUCUGAUAGAGGUCGGCCCGCUUGGAUCCAAGGCGGAGUUCAAGUUCUCGAAACCCUCAGGAUCGGAGGGCAAUAUCAAGAUCCUGGAGACCCAUUGGAAGACCAACCAACCACUGCAGGGACAGGCGCUUCUUCAACAAGCGAUAGGGUUGGAGACACUCGAGUUUACAAAGUGCGUUGGGUUAUGGGAGAUGAAACCCGAGUUGCAGCGGAUUAUUGGGUGUAAUUAUUCGACGCUGCGGAAGGUCGAGAUUGUCUGUACGACGGAGUGGAUGACGGAUGUGUGGGUCUUUCUGAGACAGGAGUUCAUGCAGCCGACGAUGGUUCUUGGCUCGUCGGGGGGUAGUAGUGCUGGCUCGUCUGCUACGGGGUCGUCUUCCUCAUCACUGGAUGCCACAGGAUCCCAUCGUCGUCGGGUCUCGGCAGGAUCGGACAAUAGUUCUUCUCGUCGCCAACAUCAACGUCCAAGACACAGGAGUCCCGUCCAUUUACUGAUCCACGACGGUGCAGGACACGUCCUCGAGUCCCCCAAUGCAGAACUGUACGGCCAGACGACUCUGUCACUCGACCAGUACGACCAUUCCUUCCGUCCACAACUCGAACUCCAGAGCCAGAUCGCGAACCGGUUACGGAUCAGUUCCUCGCUGAAAGACUUGACACAGUUGAAUCAGUUAAGUCAGGAUGUGGGAGAUAUUGCACUCAGGGCGUAUCAGGCCGGGGUUGUGCUCUGUCUGCAGGAGUUGGUUGUUCAUUUGACAAGGGAGACGUUUGACGAUGUCGGGUUUUUGGAGGCGAUUUGGGUAUUGAUGGGACAGAUGUAUGGGCUUCGAUCUCUCACCAUCCAGUUGCACAACGACAACAACACCGAGCAAGGACACGCCAGGAGCAGCAGCCGGGGUGUUAAAGGGCGACAGGACGCGAUGCCACGCCUACUACUGGAAGCUUUCCGACGCCUAGGACGGAUCGAAGUGGGACCCUAUUGGAAUGAGCGGUUCGAGCGGUGGAUGCAGGAGCUGCUUGUACAAGAGAUGUUGCCCAUCCAGACCGGAGUCACUUUCCCUUCUGGGUUACUUGUUCAGGGCGGGUUUGUGUUUGGGGCUGGCGAAAGUCUUUUGUGGACUGAGGGUGGCGGUGGUGGUGGUGGUAGUGAAGGCGCUGAGCGUUCAAGCAUAGCGGAGGGAACACCAACUCUGUCCAAGACAGAGACCGUCUUCUGUGGAGCCUCUGCAGGCGUGGUAUCGCGCUUCGUCAUUGCCCCUCUCGAUGUUGUCAAGAUCAGGUUGCAGCGGAAAGGGGGCUCGUCAGGAAUUGAAUCUGCAGCGAGUGCAGCGUCGAGGCAACCACGGUACAAGGGCAUGUUCUCGGGGAUGGCGCUGAUCGUUCGGGAGGAGGGCAUCCGAGGACUGUGGAAGGGCAACAUGGCCGCGGAAUAUCUUUAUCUCACAUACAGUGGGAUCCAGUUCCUGGUCUACCAACAAACAAAGGUCUUUCUCAAGAAAUCGGCCGAUAUAUCUGCUCAAAAGGCUGUUGCCGUAAAGUCCAUUGGAUCUGCAUCGUCAACAACAGCAGCAGGAACAGCGGGGGUUGUAACAGGAGCUAUCGUCGCAGCGCCCCUCAGCGCCUUUUCGACCAUUGCAGGAUCAUCAGCUGUGCAGUCAUUCGUCGCAGGAGCCAACGCAGGAACAAUUGCUACUGCCUGUACUUAUCCUUUUGAUCUGCUCAGGACCAGAUUCGCCAUCCAGCGCGAUGUCAAGGUGUAUACAGGAAUCAUACAGGCAUGCGGACAUAUAUAUCGAGCAGACGGCUUACAGGGAUUUUACCGAGGCAUGACUCCAGCGCUAAUCCAAGUGAUCCCCUAUAUGGGCAUGAUGUUUGGGUCGUACGACAGCCUCAAGAACCUGGCAUCCUGGCUGAAAAAGAAGGCGGACGUAGAGUCAUCGUAUUCCAAACGGACUAUCACCGCGUCGCCAGGAUCAGGAGCAGCAUUAUCCGAGAAAGAACGACCAGUCAAGUCGGUGGGGCAGUUUCUUUUGGGACUCGAGGACCUGCUCUGUGGCGCGUUAUCAGGCGUGAUCUCCAAGACGGGCGUCUACCCUCUCGAUAUGGUCCGCAAGCGGCUACAGAUUCAAGGAUCCGAGCAACAAAAGUCAAUGGCAACUAGUUUAGUCUCUGGAACUACGUCAGGAUCGAAGGCGGUGGUGGUAGACAAGCUGCCGAAAACAGUACGGAGAUGCAUGGUCCACAUCGCCCAGCGGGAGGGAUACCUGGCUCUCUACAAGGGCCUUCUUCCAGGAUUGCUCAAGGCAGCCCCAGCAAGCGCAGUGACAUUUUUGGUCUUUUCUCAGGCAGGCGCAUUUGUAGAAAAGUAUCGCCGGACCAAUUAG